UGUGACUCAUAUCUCAUUUAAGAACAUCAUCAUCAUCAUCAUCUUCUUGAAACCCAUUAUAUAAGCACUUUCAUGCACAAUGCAUUCCCGCGUCAAACCUCACAAGAAUCACAUUCCCUCACUCUUUCUCUACCCUAACCUCACUUUCUUGAUAAAAAACAGUUCUAAGGUAGAUGUGAGAGAACAAGAGACUUCUCCACAAAAAAAAAAAAAAAACUUCUCCUAAUCACACCAUAUAACACAACACCACCCCAAAAAUGUUAACACACAAUCACAGUCUGAAGCACUUUCUUCUCUUUCUUUUCUUCUUCGUCACUUCCACCACAGCGGCAACCGGCGGAAGGAAGCUCCUUUUCGACAUGUCAACCGGCGGUGCACCGUCCUCCGGAAACCCAACAGGGGGAAGUGGUUCUGGCCGUGGUGCAAAUUGGGAAUACAGCUGGGGGUGGGGCUCCGGACCCGGCACCGGCUAUGGGUUUGGAUCAGGCUCGGGUCGUUCUCCAACUGGUUUUGGCAGAGGAUAUGGAUAUGGAUAUGGAUCCGGUUCUGGGUCUGGUACCGGGUAUGGAUAUGGAUGGGGUAGUGGUGGUGCUCGUGGCGGUGGUUAUGGGUCGGGAAGUGGCGCUGGGAACUCUGGUGGUGGUGGCUACGGUGGAGGAAAUGGUGGCGGUGAUAAUAAUCGGAUGCCAUCAGCAUCUAAGAGCAAAAACAGCCAUGGGUAAAUUAUUGUAACAUGGAGCUAUAUAUAUAAAGAAAUAUAUAGCUAGCUAUGUGUGUCUUCUCAUCAUAGUGUGAUAUUAUAACAUUACUAUAUCUAUAGUUACUAUGGUAUAUGAAAAAAAAAAAUUAAUGGUGUGAGGUUAAGAGGUUGUGAGUGUAGAAGUUUAAGAUGCAAAACUUUUUGUUAAAUAAAAUGGUUUAUUUUCUUUAGA